GACAUGUCGCAUAAACAAAUUUACUAUUCGGACAAAUACGACGAUGAGGAAUUCGAGUACCGGCACGUCAUGUUGCCCAAGGACAUAGCCAAACUGGUCCCUAAGACCCAUUUGAUGUCUGAGUCUGAGUGGAGGAACCUUGGUGUCCAGCAGAGUCAGGGAUGGGUCCAUUACAUGAUCCAUGAACCAGAGCCUCACAUCUUGCUGUUCCGGCGGCCACUGCCCAAGAAGCCUAAGAAAUGAAAGCGCGUAGUACCACUUCUGCUCUAAGCUGUACAUAGCUGUCCUUACCUGCUAACAUCUUUCUGCUAAUAGUGUUGCCUUCUUGUUUCUCACUUGGGAUAUUUAAGGGAUGUUUAAUACACUGUUUGAAAGUGCUGGUGACUUUCUUGUUUCUUGAGCAAAGCUGACACUACCACCACCACCCUAUUGGGUGCUCUGAUGGAUAUAACUUCAGCUGAGCUUUGCCUCCAAAAGCCACGGCAAGCUUUGUAUCAAGCUGAGCACAUUGAGUAGAUGGACAAAGCGCCAAGAAUGACUGAAGAUUCAUCACUGCUUAGUUAUGGGGCAUGUAUAAUUGUUGCUAUUUGUGGGGGGAGUUUUUUUCCCUGCCAGGUUGUGUGCAA